AUGUCUGCGCUCACAGCCAGGGCCUGCUUCCGUCCUCUCCAUCGUCUCCUGCGUCGGGGGUACGCCACCGAGCCAGCGCAUGCGCUGCACCCCCCGAAGCCCUCAGAGUUUGGCCAGCCGUUAUGGGAGUCGCAUCCGCACCUUGUGAAAGCCGGGGAAUUGACUCCAGGAAUUCCCGUGCACGAGUAUGAACGGCGGCGAAAAGACCUCAUGGACAGUCUGCCCGAGAACAGUAUCGUCGUGUCGGUGGCAGCGCCUGUCAAGUACAUGAGUGGACAAAUCUUCUACAAGUACCGGCAGGCGUCAGACUUUUGGUAUCUGACCGGCUUCGAAGAGCCAGAGUCUGCGAAAAACUCGACUUCAAGGGGCUACCGCAUGACCAUGUUUUCCUCCGGCAAAGACUCUGCCAAAGAAAAAUGGGAUGGUGCAAGAACCUCCCUCCAAGACGUCGCCACCCACUUCCACGCGGACGACGCCCUCCCCAUCUCCUCCCUCCCCUCCACGCUCAAAUCCCUCCUCCCACAGUACACCUCCGUCUACGUCGACCUCCCCCCCUCCGCCACGCCCUCCCGCCGGCGCUCCUCCUCCUCAAUCACCACCACCCCCCUCUCCGCCAGCCGCGCCCUCCUGAAGUACCUCGCGCCCCCCUUCGCGCCGCGGGGGGAGUUCGAGAGCGUCGUGGAGGGCCUGAGCGGGAGCAAGCGCCGGCCGCUCGCAAAGGAGGUCGGGCGGCUGCGCGCGGUGAAGAGCAAAGCGGAGCAGAAGGUUAUGCGCGCUGCGGCGGACAUCAGCGGCAGAGCGCAUGCGAAGACGAUGCGCUUCGCAAGCCCGGAUGUGCCGGAGAGCGCGCUCGCGGCCCAUUUCGAGUAUCUAUGUGCACUUGAGGGGGCGCAGCGCCCGGCGUACGUUCCUGUCGUCGCAUCCGGGGCAAACGCGUUGAUCAUACACUACACCACGAAUAAUCAUAUCGUACGAGACGGGGAGAUGGUCCUCGUCGACGCUGGUUGUGAAUACAAUGGCUACGCCUCAGACAUCACCCGCACAUUCCCCUCCUCGGGCAACUUCACCCCCGCUCAAAAGGACCUCUACCAGGCGCUUCUGAACGUGCAGAAAUCGCUCAUCCAGGCCUGCGCGCUCUCGCCCUCCCCAUCCUCCUCCUCCCCGUCAUUGAACUCGCUGCACAGCCAGAGUUGCCUGUUACUCAGGGAGGAGCUGAACCAGAUUGGUUUCGGGCUGCAAAGGGGCGAUCUCGAGAGGGAGCUGUACCCGCAUUACUUGAGUCAUCCUAUCGGGAUUGAUUUGCACGAGAGCGCGAGUUUCGAAAGGGGCGAGGCACUGCGGCCGGGCAUGGUCAUCACCGUCGAACCGGGCGUGUACGUACCCUCCUCACCCCUCUUCCCGAAGCACUUCCACAAUAUGGGCAUCCGCAUCGAGGACGAGGUGCUCUUGUGCGAGGGCGAGCCCGUCGUGCUCAGCGUCAGCGCGCCGAAAGAGGUGGUCGAUGUGGAGGGCGCUUGUCAGGGGGUGCUGGGGUUGGAGCCGUACUAG